UUCAGCUUUGAUCACAGAAAUAAAUUACAUUUUAAAACAGAUCACAAUUUAAACCAGUUAGUUUAAAUUAUAAUAAUAUUUUACAAUAAUACUGCUUUUAAUGUAUUUUUAAUCAAAACAUUAAACACUUCUUUCAAAAACAUUUAGAAAAUCUUACUGACCCCAAACUUUUGAACGGCAGUGUACUGUAUGUAUACAAACACAGAAUUGUAUUGUUCAUAUUUUAUUUCUUCCAUCUGGGGCAGGAGGUUCAGAGGGCUGAGUGAACAGGUGGACGCCUCUCCUGUCUGCUCCAGGCGCCUGAAUGACAGACCUCAGGGGUUAAAAAAGCAAGAACAGCCAGCAGUUGCUGUUCAUAGCAAAAUAAGACAUAAGUUGUUUAUCCUUAAUAAUUCCCUUGAUCUCUUGAAACUCACAAAGACAGAAUGAGGUCUGUCUGAUGAAACUCACAACAAGUAACUAACCAGAGGAUAAUAUAUUCAGAAUUAUUUCAGUUGUAUUCUUGAUCAUUCCAGUUGGAAAGUGUGAAGUGCGCAAAAUUUGAUGUUAUAGAUUUAUAUGCAGAGAGUAACCAGUGGUAGACAGGGGGCAUGUUUGAGAAACCUAUUUUUUUUUAAAAAAGGUUGUUUUGUUUUGUUUGAUACUAGUAGCAGCACUGAAGUUGUGAAGAUGCAGUAAAUAACCUUCGUUAAACAAGUAACAAUGUGCAUGAGCCAAAUUUGGAACUCCAUUCUCCUCAAUGGUAAACCCAGGAGCUGCCUGCGCACCCAAGAUCUUCCUAGAAAAGAGAGCCUAGAGAAGAGAGAAAACUUGCUUUGCCAAAACAAUUAUUAGUUAGAUAUCUAGUUUAAAACUUUGAGAGCAUUAUUACCAACAAUAAAUUAUGGAUAUUGGCUGAAUGCAUAGCAGUGAUGAAGGCAAUUUAAUGGUUCUCAUCCGUCACGCGCCCAUCUCAGGGGUUUGGCUUGUGAACCCUUAAGCUUUCUGUCCUUGUUUGGAGGGUGAUGAUAGGAUGGACCAACCCUGCUGAUGCAGUUGGGGAGCGUUGAGAAGGGUAUAAAACCUCUCAAAGGUCAUUCUCAUUCCUAUUCCCCAUCUCACACUCUCUUGCUCACCAUCUUGGUGGAAGAAUGGCUCCUAAAAAAGCUGAACCGAAAAAGGAGGCGGCAAAGCCAGCGCCUCCUCCUGAACCAGAGAAACCCAAGGAGCCUCAGUUUGACCCAAAAAACAUUAAGGUUGAGUUUACAGCAGAUCAGAUUGAAGGUAAGCAUGUGCGAAACCAAGUAGACCUAAAUUUUCAUACCACUUCCUCAUGUCAAUAUCCUAUCCACACAGAAUUUAAAGAGGCCUUCAUGCUAUUCGACAGAACUCCUUCUGGUGAAAUGAAGAUCACUUACGCCCAGUGUGGUGACGUCAUGAGGGCGUUGGGUCAGAAUCCUACAAAUGCAGAGGUGCUCAAAGUACUUGGCAAACCCAAACCUGAGGAAAUGAACACCAAGUUGAUUGACUUCGAGACUUUCCUGCCUAUGUUCCAACACGUGUCCAGGUCCAAAGAUCAAGGCACUUUUGAGGACUUUGUUGAGGGUCUGCGAGUGUUUGAUAAAGAAGGGAACGGCACUGUAAUGGGCGCCGAACUUCGCCAUGUACUUGCAACAUUGGGUGAGAAAAUGACAGAAUCAGAGGUAGAACAGCUGAUGGCAGGACAGGAAGACGGAAACGGCUGUGUCAACUAUGAAGAGUUUGUUAAACACAUCAUGGCUGGAUAAAUGAAAGAGCUCAGAUCAGGCACUACUGUCCUCUGCAGUUAUCAACAGUCCUUCAGCCCAGCUCUACGCUCUCUAAUGCCCUUGAACUAGUUUUCCUGUAUGAGAUUUUUUUUUUAUUUUUUGCUUGUGUUGCACAGAUUUUCUACAACAUCAAACGCUACAAUUAUUUUGUAAUGCUUUGCAAGGAGAAAACUCCCUCCAAGUAUAUGUUGAAAUUGAACGCAUUUACUUCCAAUGCAUUUGUUGGUAUAUUAGGCUGCUUGUAACAUUACAGUUUUUUUUCUCAUAAACUUAUGUCAAUGAUUUUUUAUGUGUCAGUGCACAUCCACAAAAUCUAAAACACACUGUCAGUUGGUAUAAAAAUAAACAAACAUCAAAAUUAAAACGGACCUUGCCUCAGUUACCUAAGACACAGCUGGAGCAGAUUUCCUUAUAAAAACGGAAAAUAAAUAUAAAAGACUCUGGAUCACCAAUGUCAGUGUGAAUUACAGAUUUACAGCUCAGACAGGAUGAAUGACAAGAGGAAAUUAACAUUUCAUGCGUAAAACGUUUCUCUUCAAAGAAGGUUUCUUAGAUCCUCAGAGUUGCAUUUUGGUUAGUAGUCAUUUGGUAAAUGAUCUUAAAUAAAGUGUUUAAGUCAUAAAUGUGAUGAGAUAUAGAUGGAGUAAACCAAAGAUAUCACAUACUGUGACCUAUGUGAGAUUACUGAUGUAGUUUCCAGAAUUUUCAUACAACAGAUGCUCAGAUGUUUGUUUCUUCAUGAAGAGGUUUAUUGACAGUUAACGGCUAACUGCUCAUUUUCUCACUUUAUCCCAUGUUAGUACAGAAUUAAAUAUACUAGAGAGUCUAGUGAAUAAAAUUAUCCACAAUUUGUGUACACACACGGUUACAUUAUAGACAGCUCAUUCUCAUGGAUUAGUGAUAGACAUGUGUGGGUCCACAGCUGGCAAGUGUUAAUUUACAGACCAGAACAGCUCUCCAUUCAAAGGCUAUUGUAUUUUUCCUGUGUGUCCUUGUGGAUCAUGGCAACGGAGAUGCUGUCAUUUGUCUCUCUUAUUGUUAGGCUGUGGGACGCAAGCAUCUCCUUUGAUUUUUCAACACAAUGACUCAUAAAUAGCACAUUAGCUUCAGCUGUGUCCUGCAGGAUUGAGAAACGCUGAGGCAGAGCAGGUUAUUGUGUUACUGACACAUGGAGUGGUAAGACGUGCAAAGAUACACACAAUCUAUCAGCAGCAGUACAAGAAGGGAUUCUUCUCAGUUGCAGCCAAAGCUGCUGGAUUACUGUGAAGUUUUUCAUGCUAAAUAUAUUUACAGCCAGAAAUAAACUGCUACUUCCCGUCUUGUUGCCAGGAUACCUUUGUAUUCACAGUUGGAAUAGCAAUGUUCAGUUCAUUUUGUUUGACUUGGGCCUGUAUAGUCCCAUGUAGUCAUAGUAUAAUAUUCUAGUGUUGUUAACUUAAAAAAAUAACCAGUGUUGUCUUAACAAUAUAUCAUAUCUUGUUCGUGUUUUGUUAUA